AUAUAGAUCUGGAAUCUACUUGUACCAAAGCCUGUCUCGUAUCAAUCCCCUCUACGCAUACCCCAAAAAUAAUACGGAUACAGCUAGCUAUCCAUCUUUAGCCUAUUAGCUCUCUCUUUCUACUUUGUACUCGACUAGGAUAUAUACGGAGCUUUUCUCAGUGCUCUUACUUGCUAAACUAAGACUAAAGAGGAAAAAUGGAGGGGUUGAGCCUGAGGAGUAGGGGUAUUGGGUGGUCAAUGGCGGCGGCGGUGCUAACAGCAGCCGUGUUAUUAGUGAUGCUGCCUCAAGUCUCAUCUAUUCGCUACAUUGUGGGAUCUAACAUGGGUGGUUGGGCCCCUAAUGUUAACUUCACUAUCUGGGCUCAAGACAAACAUUUCUACAAUGGUGAUUGGCUUUAUUUCGUGUACGAUAGGAACCAGAUGAAUGUGAUUGAGGUAAACAAGACCGAUUUUGAUUCAUGCAAUUCGGAUCAUCCUCUUCAGAAUUGGACGACCGGAGCAGGAAGGGAUGUUGUUCCGCUGAACAUAACUAAGACUUAUUAUUUCAUCAGUGGAAAGGGCUUCUGCUAUGGAGGAGUGAAGGUAGCAAUUCAUGUUGAAAAUCUACCUCCCCCACCAGCAUCCUUGCCUCAAAAGAGUGAUUCACCAAGUCUGCUGCUGUCCACUUUCAGAGGCCAGGUUUUCAUACCAACUCUUUUUGCAGCUGCUGCUUUAUGGGAUGCCUUUAUUCUACGCUUGUGAUCAAAUAGAAGUUGAGCAAAUGCUUGUCAUUUUAGACGUUUCUCUGAUCCAAUUAGGGAUCAAGAUUGGGCUGUUUUCGAUUGUUCCUUUUCCAACAAUCUCUUAUUUGUCCAUUGCAUAGUUUGGCCUGAAAGUUAAUAGUGUUUUUCAGAUCAAACACGGCGGUUGAUGUUGGAAGUCUGUGAGUAUGUUGACCAAAAUUGAUUAAAGAAUGUUUUAUUGAAUGAUUUAACUGCAUGAUUUGCGGA